GGGCAAAGUUUUCUUCUAUCUGGGGACUCAAUGCUGUGCGACUUUGAACUUCUCUUCAAUAUUCUAGUUCCUAAUAUAGAUAUAAAAGAAAGUGGAGAAGUCCCUGGAAGUGUUGUCAUCAAGCAUCUUUUGUACUACAUCACUCGUGUGAGGGUUACAGAAGAUUGCGGAUAUUUUCUCAGAAUAACAAAAGUGAAGAGCAUAGACAAUGGAAAGAUGUACCAAAAAAAAGUAGACAGUGGAAAGUUGACGUACUCAAUAAAAUACAUCGUUUUCCCAGUAACCUUCUGUGUUCGCUCCUUCUUACCAAAAACUGGGGAAGUCUUGGUCGGUAUUGUCUACAAAGUUUUCAGUCAUGGAGUCAUUCUGAAAUGUGGACCUAUGCAGUUUGUUUAUCUCACUGUUCGAAAGAUGCCAAAUUACAAUUAUGUUUCGGGUGAAAACCCAUUCUUCUUAUGUGAUGAUCACUCGAGGAUUGAAAACGAAGUGGCUGUCCGAUUUGUGGUGUUUGCUGUGAGAUGGAAUGAUAAUCGUAGGGAUUUCUACGUUCUUGCAAGCAUAACAGGUGAUUGCCUUGGGCCAAUUUCAUUGAAUGGAUUAGAUGGUGUAGAGCUGUAAAAUCUUUGUAGUUAAGGAGAAGAAAAGUGCAGUGUUGGAGUGGUUUCUCUUACCAAAUCAAAAUAGGAAAACAGGAAACCUUGUAUAGGUUUUAUUGGAUGUGAUGAGUUAUCAGUGAUAUUAUAACUUUAAAUGGCAGUGUUACAGCUUUGCUAAGAA